AUGAACGAAAAUCCUAUUAUCUCCCUCGAGAGGGCUGUACAUGCAUGUUUCCCGCCAGAGCAACAACAGCUUCAAGUGGUCGCAGCACGCCCGUAUGGCGCAUCGUCAAGGGGCCGGACCGCACGAGUUACUGCGCGGCUACCUGAUGCCUCGUUGGCACAUAUUAACCAGGUCUCAGCGACGACAGGCAAAUUCGGCAGCGAUGUCCCACACUACCAGGCGGGGUUCUCCUUUGAGCCAGCGUCGUAUAGUUACUGGGCCGAUUGUUUUACCUCUUGGAUCACAGAGAUCUUUGACCAGGAUACUGCUGUAAAUGGACAGUGGCCUGCGUACGAAGCAGCCUUCAAGGACUUGAUUUGCAAGACAAUCCCGAGACUUCUUCUCCCUCUACAGGAAAAUGGGCGCAAGAUUAUCCCAGUCCUGGUUCAUGGCAACUUGUCUACCAAUAAUUUAGGCAUCCGUCUUGCUGACGGAACGCCAGUGCUUUUCAGUCCCUGUGCGGCGUAUGCUCAUCAGGAAUUCGAGCUGGGUGUGUCGCAACUUGCAAUUGGAGGACUGGAUAAGACGUUCGUCGAUCAGUAUCUGAGGAUGGUCCUGCCGAGUGAGCCGAUCGAUGAGGUCUACCAUCGGAUUAUCCUCUAUGGCGUCCAUUUCAACCUACGACUCUCAGCCUCACAUGCCGGACAAUUUAGAGAAAGAAUUUAUACUGAUAUGCUAUUUCUAAAUGGCAUGUAUGCAGAGAACUAA